GGCCGGGCGGCGCCGGAACUGGGGCCCCGGGGGCAGCAGCGCUCGGGUCGGGCCGCAGGUCGCGUCGCCAUGGGGCACAUCGAGUGGGCUAUGUGGGCCAACGAGCAGGCGCUGGCGUCCGGCCUGAUCCUCAUCGUCGGCGGCAUCGUGGCCACUGUGGGGCAGUUCGCACAGUGGUACUUCGGGGCGUACUCCAUUGCGGCGGGCGCCCUCGUGUGUGUGCUGGAGUACCCCCGCGGGCAGCGGCAGCACGGCUCCACCAUGGAGCGAUGCGGACAGAAGCAUGUCACCAGGCUGGUGAGGCUGCUGGGACCCCUGGCCCGGAACUACUACAUCCGCGCCUUCCUGCACCUGGGGCUGGCGGUGCCCGCGGGCUUCCUGCUGGCCACCAUCCUGGGGACGGCCUGCCUGCUCAUCGCCAGCACCAUCUACCUGCUGGCCGCCACCCGAGGGGAGCAGUGGACCCCCAUUGAGCCGAAGCCCAAGCCACGGCCACAGCCCGGGGCCACCAUCAAGCAUCCGCCCAGCAACCCCCCUCCCCGGCCCCCUGCUGAGGCCCGAAGGAAGCCCGCUGGGGAGCCUGAGGGGCAGGCGGGAGGCCCCCAGACCAACCCUCAGCCCGUGACCGACGAGGUGGUGUGAGCAGUCUCAACAAUAAAUGGCGCAGAAGCGG